AUGGUGCCCUGGACUUCAGUGCAGUACUUUCUCAUUGGCCUCUACAGUUGUACUUCUCUGCUAGCCUUGCUGGGCAACCUCACGGUGAUUCUCGUUUCCACACUGGGCAGUGAAUCAGCACCAACCAUACGAUUGUGUUUGGCUAACCUUGCGGUUUCCGACAUUAUCCUCGCUGUUUUGUGUGUACCGUUUACCUUCACUGACUUUAUGUGGGGACAGUGUUACUGCAGCCAGUUUUCACUGCAAGCAAUUGUGGCCACCUACUUUAGCUGUCACUGGUUGGCCAUGGCAAACUCUGCCGUUAACCCAAUCAUCUACUCCUGGAUGAGUGUCAACUUUAGGAAUGAUUUCCGACGUAUAACAAGUUCAUGCAGACCCGGAAAAAGUCGGGCGCUGGUGAAAGGCAGUCGUCACUACUCACUGAAAACAGCCUCCACGAUGGUCUAA